CAGAGCUGAUUGAAAGAAGUGUAGUGUAACAACACCUGAGUACAAGGAUUAAAUAUAAUCUUCUUCGGUUUAAAGAAAUCAAAAAUGAUCAUAGCGAAAAAAUCUUUGAUUUUCUCCGUCUUACUCGUGGGAAUACUUGGAGUCACAGAAGUUGUUUCAAUCAAAAAAGGAAAAGGUCGCCGUUUACAGCAAAGACCUUUCGCUCCUGCCUACCACAAUGUCCCAUUUUCACAGCCACGUAUUCCAUCUUAUCACACUAUCCCAAGCAGUUAUCCGACACCUCCGGCAUUACGACAGCCACCUGCGCGUCCUGUAGCUCCAAGGCCUGGAAUAGUCGUGUUUGGUGUUGGGCCACAAUCUCUUCAAAUCCCGAAUCACUACUCCAAUUAUGCUCCAGCUCCUCAACAAACCAAACCAAUCGUUCCUGCGCCAGCAUACGCUCCAGCCCCUCAACAAACCAAACCAAUCGUUCCUGCGCCAGCAUACGCUCCAGCCCCUCAACAAACUAAACCAAUCGUUCCUACGCCAGCAUACGCUCCACCAACUGCAGUGGUGACCAGGACUCCACCUAGAAAUCAGCCUGCCAUAUCGAAUUAUGCGCCACCAGUCCACUAUCAACAAACCGUUGAACAGACAAGAUACCAUUCCCAACCAAUUCAGCCAACUUACCCUGUUCAAUCCCCACAGUAUGGAAACAGGUAUCCGGUAGCCCAACCAGGGAACUAUCAACAACCCAGUGCGCAAGUGGUGGCUGUUUCAGCACCAAUCCCUGUCACCAAGCAACAAGUGAGCAUUCCAACCUACGUUGCUCCAGCCAAGUCUACCGUUUAUGGAUCAGCCUACGUAGAUAAUUCGGCAAGCUAUCACGCUUCAGACUCUUACACAAGAGGAGAAGCUUCAAAGCCAGUAGAAUCCAUUCCGGCAUCGUACCAAUCACCAGCCAAGCACCCGCAGGAAAAUUACGGAACUGCGCCAACGGUAUCAUACAUUUCAAACCCUACCGCAAUCUAUACCGAAACGAAAGCAAAGCAAUCAAUUGGGGCUUAUGCGAUUGAAACCCCAAAAAUAAAGGAAAGUCAAUCUUCUUAUUCGACUCCUGCACCCAAUGUGAAGUAUUCUACGGAAGUUCCCUAUUCCACUAUUGAAUCCAAACCAACAAGUGGUUCCUACGACAAACAUUCUAACUCAGAAAAAUCUAAGGCAGACAAGGAUCAGUACAAGAAACCCGUUUAUCCAGCUUCGCAAUCCUAUAAGGAAACAGAGUCUCUGUCGCAUGGCGAAAAGAAGAAAGAAAUUGAUUCUUCAUCUCUUCCUUAUUCCAAAGUGGAAGCGAAGCCGGUGAGCCAACCUUCUAAGCAGGAUGAGUACAAGGUAUCAAAGCAAGAAGAUAGCAAACUGAAGGCACCUGCUUACUCUAUAGCCGAAUCCCACAAAAAAGCAGAGUAUAAAGAAGAGAAGAAAGAACAAGUAUCAGUGUACGCUAAAUCGGAAACCGCAAGCAAGGACCAAUCGUACCAGUCGCAUACACAAACUGAGAAAACUUACGACAAUAAAGAUAAGCCGCAGACUUCGGCUUACCCAACCUCGCAAACCUACAAGGAAGAGGAUUCUAAGUCGUACGGCGAACAGAAAAAGAAAGUGGAAGAGUCAAGUCUUUCUUAUUCCGCAGUGGAAUCCAAACCUGAGAUUGAAUCUUCCAAGCAAAACGCAUACCAAUCAUCAACCGAGGACAAGGUAAAGGUAUCUUCUUACCCUACAUCCCAGAAGUACAAGGAAGUAGAAUCACCAAAAGAAGUCCAGGAUUAUAAGGAACAAGAUCAUGCAGUUUACCAACCAACAUCCGCAAGCGAAUCUUAUGUGAAAAACUCAGAUUCGUACAAGGAAGAAAAACAACCCAAGAAACCAGCCGCUCCUACACACUCCUACAAGACGGUCGAAUCCCAAUCAAAACCUGAGGACGACAAGAAACAUUAUAAAGCGGAACAUAUCCCAUCAAAACCAGCAUCGGUUCCAUCUUACAAAACGUAUCCUAGCAUUGCGACAGUUACACAAGAGCCAUCCAAGUAUCACGAGUCUAAGACGUACGAGCCAAAUUAUCCUUCUGGUUAUCCAGCCCCGAAUGCACCAGUAAAAGAAGUCAAUUCCUAUUCCAAACCUAACUUAGAUGAAACAAACCUUCCGUCGCAUCAGUAUUCUACGAGUUACGCAACCACCACGAAAGUCCCGAUCAUUCAGAGCGAAGACAAGGUGAAGGUUUCUCCAUCCCAAGAUUACAAGGAAGUGGAGUCGCAAAAAGAUAUCCAGCAUUACAAGAAGCAAGAAUCCGCCGUUUACGACCACAAACCCGUAAGUGACUCUUACACGAAACAUUCAGCCGCUUACGUAGAAGAGAGUCAGCCUCAAAAACCAGUUAUUUCAGCUACGCCAUCUUAUAAGAAAGACGAUUCUGCGCUUAAAACCGAGUACAAACAGAAACAUUAUGAAGCUGAGUAUAGUUCGUCAAAACCUGCGUCUGUUUCGACGUAUGACAAGCCCAUCAGCACUUUGCUCGUUACGGAGGAAACAUCAAAGUACCAUGAGACGUACCCAAAGGCGUACGAAACAAAGGAUCUAUCUGUUUCUCAAGCACCGAAGUCUUCAUUGAAAGAAGUUAACACCUAUUCCAAGCAAAAGUCCGAGGGUGAAUCAAACCGUUACAGUUUGCCCGUCUAUUCUACGACGACUUCUCGGCCGUUACAUCACUAUUCCACGGAAUCCACAGCUACCAGGAAAGUCCCCACAAUUCCGAUCGAAGACAAAGUUAAGGUUCCUGCUUAUACUCCAUUUAAGAACAACAAGGAAGUAGAGACACUAAAGGAGGUCCAGGAUUACAAGAAGCAAGAAGCUGCCGCUUACGAACACAAACCUGUUGGUAACUCUUACAUACAACAUUCAGCUUCGUACGUAGAAGAAAGUCAGCACCCAAAACUAGCUGUUUCUACUUCAGUAUCACACAACAAAGACGAAUCUCAACCAAGUUCUGAGUACAAACAGACACAUUAUGAAGCGGAGUACAGUCCGUCAAAAGCUGCGCCUGUUCCAACUUACGAAAAGUACCCCAGCACUUCUGCAGUUACACAAGAGCCAUCCAAGUAUAAUGAGUCAAACUCGAAGGAUUACGAAUCAAAGUAUCCGUCUGUUUCUCCAGUGAACAAAUCUCCAGUACAAGAAGUAAAUACCUCAUCUAAACCAACGUCAGAUGAAUCAAAACAUCACAAUUUACAUGCCUAUUCCACAACGACUUCGUUCCCUUCGUAUCACCAUUCAACGGGCUACACUACCACCACUAAAGCCCCUGCAAUUUCUUACGAAGACAAACCGAAGACGUACUACACUACUACACCCAAAUAUCAAGAGUACUCCACGUCUGCGAAAGUUGUAACAUACAACCCUCCAGCAUACAAAAGUACAGUCGAGUACGCACCAGUUGCGACUACUCCAAGGCAAAACGAAGAUUAUAGGGAACAAUACUCUUCGGAGAAGGACACACACACAAAGGCAGGCGCACCUGUUGCAGUUGAAACAUCUUACGGAACUCCAACCCCAACGGCAAAUUACAAUGUGAAGGCAAAUGAUCGAGUUUACGUUGUAGCCGAGCCAGAUAACACCGCAGAAACUUACCAGAAGAAAGAGCCUGUGCCAUCCUAUCCGUCUUACCCCAAUCCAUCGGUGGAUGAAAAAUUGUCAUCCGAUAAACAAGUUGUGAAUCAAUACGGCCCAAGCGAUCGUGGCUAUAAUAGCGAGUCAUCCGACACAGCAAACAAGCCAAGCUACGAAGGUCGAUCUGCUUCUUCAUCCGCCUCUGAUCUUCCGACAUAUAACCGUAAACCCAUCAAAGAAGCCGAUUCACUUACCAGCACAGUAGAAGGGGCAAAGAACUCCGGCAGUUACAGCCACGAUGGCGUUAAGGGUGACUACUCUGCCAUUCCAGGAAAACCUGAAAUUGAUUAUCCCAUUUAUUCAGAGCUUCCCAAUAACAAGUUUAACUGUUCUGAACAACAACUACCUGGGUAUUAUGCUGAUACAUCUGCCCGUUGUCAAGUGUUUCACAUUUGUUUGGGUGAUCGUCAAUGGAGCUUCCUCUGCCCUAAUGGAACGAUCUUUAGCCAACAGCACUUUGUUUGUGUCUGGUGGUACGACUUCGACUGCUCAAAAGCACCAGCUCUUUUUGAACUCAACGAGAAAUUGUUUAUCAUUCCUUUGGCGAAACAAGCCCUUGAUUACGGAGCUGAACAGCGCACAAAACCUUCAAACAGUGAAAAUUCGGAAGGAACAGGUAAACAGUACGACGAACUCACUAACCAAAAAGAAAGACCGUUCUCACCAGGCUCGUAUUAAGUUUUCCGCCCAAAAAGCCCCCGAAAAAGUCAAAGAGAAUUCUUUUAUUACGUACAGAUGAAACUACAAGAUCGUUAAUGAGCCUCUUAUUCUUCUGAAACAUAGCAAAGCCCUUCUCAUGCGAAAAUGAAAUAUUUUUCAACUGGAACAACUAUACAAUUUGAAAUGAGUUUAACCGCUGUGUAAUAGAUAGAUCACCUUUGCCUGUAUAAUGUCAAUCAAGUCUGUUGGUGUAAAAAUCACCUAGCAAAAUGAGAAGCUGAAGAAUUUAUGGAUUUCAUUUGUAUCGAUCGAGUUUCUUGCAUACG